GUCGGUGGUGAUGGUGGCGACGACGGUGGCGAAGGUUAAUCACGGGCGUUCUCCGACUACGAGCGCGUACGAUCGCGACGGCUGUUUAGUACUCGUCGCGUCGAUUAAGGAUACGGGAGGGAAUCGCGCUGCGCGACGCGGCCAUGCUGUAAGUUUAGAAGGAGCUUCGUUGACGUUAAUAAAAUUCGCGUGCCAACGCGUCGUCGGUCAGUCAUGGACAAUGUGGCGUACAGCCCGGGCGGGCUGGCGAGAUUGUCGACGUUGUUGGGCGCCCCGGAGGCCGCGCUGCGUCUCCUCGUCUCCAUUUUACUGGGAUUUCCCGUUGCCCUCUUUCACAGAUACACGCUCUACGGCAAAGAUCCCAUUCGUCAGCACUUAUUUUUCAUAGCGUGUGGUCUGUCAAUUGGUUACUGGAAUUACGAUUAUAACAUACUUCAUUCGUCAACGGCGGUAUGUGGAACGUAUAUGAUCUUAAAGAUCCUCGGAAGUUCCGGAUUAUUCGUCAUUGUGACGUUCCUCUUCAACAUGUCGUAUCUACUUUACGGCUAUUACACUACCAGCACCCAAGAUUACGACAUAAAAUGGACAAUGCCGCAAUGCGUGCUGACCCUUAGGUUAAUAGGGCUUGCAUUUAAUUUAUGGGAUGGUAAAAAACGUGACACGGAGCUGUCUGAUAGCCAGAAACGAGUAGCCUUGAAGGAACAACCGUCACUGUUAGAAAUCGCAGCGUAUGCUUAUUUCCCAGGCGCUUUCCUCAUCGGGCCGCAGUUCAGUAUGCGAAGAUACUUGGACUACGUCAAUAGUCGAUUUACCGAACGCGAUUCGAUAACCGGUGCCGUUAAAUUGCCAGAUUGCGUAUCGGCUGGACUUUCACGAGCCUUCGUCGGAUUUAUAUACGUGGCGAUAUUUCAGAUUGGAACGCUCUACGUUUCCGAUCAAUAUCUCUUCGAACCGUCAUUCCAGAAAUUAAAUUUAAUAAAAAAAUGUUUGCUCAUCGGGCUGUGGGGCCGAAUCAAUCUCUACAAAUAUGUCAGCGUCUGGUUAAUCACAGAAGGGGUGUGUAUUACUUUUGGUCUGACCUACAAUGGAAAAGACUCCGAAGGUCGCGUUAAGUGGGACGGUUGCGCGAACGUUAAACUGCGAACGUUUGAAACUUCCACACAAUUCAAUCACUAUAUUCUCUCGUUUAACAUAAACACCAAUCAUUGGUGCGCGGAGUAUAUCUACAAGAGGCUGAAGUUUCUGGGCUCAAAGAUGCGCAGCCAACUAAUGACAUUGCUCUUCCUCGCCCUCUGGCACGGUUUUCAUUCCGGAUAUUAUCACUGUUUCUUCAUGGAAUUUCUUAUCAUGUACUUUGAACGAGACAUCGGACCAGCAUUACAGAACAGCGAGAAAGUGCAAACGCUGUUGAAAACUCGAUGGGAAGCACGCUUACUCGCUUGGAUCUUUCUGAAGCUUUACACUUUCGUUUUCAUGGGAUAUUGCCUUGUGUCAUUCGUACUUCUCUCGUAUCCACGGUAUAAUCAGGUCUACGCAAAUCUGUAUUAUUGCGGACACGUGUUCUUCUUUUCUUAUCCGUUACUUGCGCCGUACAUUAAACGAUUAAUUGGUCGAAGACACGAGCGUCAACGAUCACAUCAAGAAUAAAAUCACGCAAUUUCGCUCGCCCCCGUGAUAGUGUGGCAUGUCUCUUAUUUUUGUCGCGAAUUGAUAUCCGAGAAGACAUAUAGCUAUGAAAGCAAUGGAUGGACCUCGGUGUACUAGUUAUACUAGUCUUUAAUUUUUAAAAGAAUGUGAUAGCGCACAUCCAACGGAAAAUAGGAUGUAACAUAUAUAUAGAGCACAUUACCAUCACUAUCGCGUUUCAUAAUAGUUGAGAAUUCUAUAAAAUGUAAUGCUGAAUUUCCGUUACUUGAAUAUCUCGAUGAUAUCAAGUUCCAUGAGCGAAAAAUUUCCUUCAACAAUCCUGUCGCUUAAACGAAAUAGUGUUGAAAUAUUAUCCUAUAUAAGUGAGGAUGAUACUACUACGGACGUUUCCAUUUACAAAUUUAACACAUUGUUUAGAAAAAGAUUCCGCUGUCGGGGAUUUUGAAUAUUUGUUAUUUCGAAAUUUUUACGAUCUUGGUUUUACUACACAAUUAAUUGUGAAAGUCCCAACAAUAAUUUUAGAUAUUUCAGUAUUGUUUUCGUACAAUAGUAUGUUCUUGCGUCUUCAAUCCUGUCAUUUUCCUGUACGUAGCGUAUUCGAUCAGUCAAAGUUUUGCUCAUUUGUACAUAUUUCAUCGAAUCACCUGUUUGAGGUAUUGCAAUUUUUGAAAUGCGUUACGCUUUUUUCAUAAUAAGAACAAUAUCGUAAUUGCAGCGGCUAGAUAAGUUAGUAGAAUAUCAUAAUAUUCCCGAGAGAUUCGAAGGAGAAAGCAAUUUAUGUAUUUAGAUUGCAAUAAGCAUGUCCACUCACGAAAACAGAAUCAGGGAAAUUGCGUCGCAGAGGGAUAUCUGGGGGAUAAUACCGUGAUUUUGUAAGCGCGAAAGUAGCUAUGUAACAUGCAAAACGACAUAGAUCAGUAUUUCCAAAUACGCGUUCCUCUGAUGCGCGAUUGAAGUAUCUAUUUUACCGUAGUAAUUGCAUUUAAUCAAUCUAAAUACGAUUUAACCGUGUUUCGCUAUAACUGCUCUAGAGAUGUAAAUACACACAAUAUAUAAUACAAUGAUAAUAGAUUAAAAUUGAUUCUAGUCGAGGGUAUGUACAUAUCUUCUUACAAUGUACACGCGCUUCUUUAGAUCAAUAUGAAAUAACGAUUGAGAAGCGAUUUUCGAUCUAAUAUAUACAUUCGCAGUUAUUUUUUUAGAUAAAAAUCUUUAACAACGAUCUACCUAUCCGUUUUGCGAUAGCCUUGCGGCUCUCAUUACGCACAUAUAGCACUUGCCGCGCGUCAAAAUUUAAAAAUAUAGUUGCUACCAAUCCAAUAUUUAUAUACACAUAUAUAUGUAUAUAAUAUGAAAGAUAAGGAAAGUGCCCGGAUACUGAUAUAUCCUACGAUCGCUCGAUCUUCUAUCGUUCGUACUUACGAGCGAUCGAAUUAUAGAUUGACGACAAAUAAUUCAUAGCAUAUUUCGCCUAACGGUCUUAAUUUAUCGAUCAAAGGUACUUCUGACAUAGUCGCGCGUACAGGUUUACACAGAGUUUUAGAUACUUGAAUAAAAAAGAAUAUAUAUAUAACGGAAGCAGUCAGGAAUUGUAUACACGGUUGUCGAUAGCGUUUAUUAGAAUUGAAACUAAUAGAAGAACGAUCUAAAAUUGAUUUUCGUAAUGCAAGAUCCUCAACUAGUUAAUAAGCGCAAAUGCAUAAAUUUUGACAGUAUUAUAAGAAUCAUGAUGACAUAUGUUUCGUACUUAACGCUAAUACGAAAUUCUAAUCGGAUAAGUGCGCUCUAUUGCAUAUAUCUUGCUAAUAUCUUAUCUGAGAAUCUUACUAUUUUUUUUUUUUU